UGUCCAGUUGGCGGUUCGAGUAUUAAUGGCGAGGACUCUUUCCCCUCAGCUUCACACCAACAAGCUCUCUUCAGCCCUCACACUGCUUCUUCACACCUCGUCCAUCUCUCUUUCUUCCAACUCGAGCUCCCGUUCACCAUGGCAGCACUGUGGCUCUAUAAUGUUUCUCUGCUGGUCUUACUGGUCACGUCGUUCCCGGGUUCCCAAGCCAUUGCCGCGCAGCACCUCUGUGGCGCUCACCUGGUUGAGGCCCUUUACCUGGUCUGUGGAGAGAGAGGUUUUAUCUACCAACCCAGGAGCGACAACUCUGCACUGCGUCUCUUGCCUCCAAUGGCCGGCAGAGCAGUGUCAGUGGGCGGCGAGAAAAAGCUCUCGGAGUUCGCCUUCCAGGACCAGAUGGAGAUGAUGGCGAAGCGAACGAUUUUGGACCGAUGCUGUCACAGGCCCUGCAACCUCUUCGAACUGGAGGAAUUCUGCCACCCACCAGCCAGCUCGGACACCAGCGCUUAACCCUGCCUCUGUUUGCCUUGCCCCCGCCGACCGCCACAGUCACCAGCAGGCCGCCAGUGCUGUUGUGUCUCUGUAAAGCCGACUGUUUUGAAAUCAAGUACUGAUGAAUUGAUGAAUCUUAUUUUUUCCAAGAAUAUAAAGUGAUGUAGUUGAGAAA